AGGAAUGCCCUCAGCGCUCACCGCCUCUCCGUGGCGCUCCGUCAAGCUUCGCGGCCGCAAGAUUUGGCCUCAGCACUGCUGCGCGGCCUCCCUCCUCCUCAGCUAGUAGUAGCCGCCUCAUCACGCGCCGCUCUUCCUCGCGGUCUGGGCGUUUCGUCGAACACCUGGUGGGCUCCCCCCUUCCGCCGCCGCAAGAACUCGAUCGAUCGGUCGGUAUGACCGUCGCUUCCUCCGACGAGGCGUCCCGGUCGGUGCUGCGGCCGGCACCGCCCUUGAAGUGGGAGGACGAGGAGGCUCACGGUUCGUCGCCGGGAGAAGGAGGCGCUGCUGGUUGGGCCGUGGAUAGCGGGGACCAAGAAAAUGGUGCGGAUUUGGGGCCGGUGAUCGCUGUGGAAGGACUUGGUGGGCUCGUCCCACAACCCGAGGUGGCCGUCGUGGCCGUCGAGUUGCUGCCUCAGUUGGUUCAAGAACCGGGCAAAGUUUCCCCAAGAAUCCAUGAAAAGGCGAAUUCUGGGGAGGGUGAGAAUGGCGAUGGCAAGUAUCGUGUCGUCUACACAGCUGGCCGCCGCAAGAGGUGUCUCAUCUCGCCGGGAGGCAGCGACGGCGACAGGAUCACACCUCGCGACCUCGCCGUCGCCUUUCACGGCCAAGAGGCAGGCCAGGUGGCUCCAGAAGCUGCCACCGCCGCAAUCGCCGACGGUGCUGGUGUCGCCGUCGAUUCCGUGCUCACCAAAAUGCAAGAACUGGUGAAUCAUGGUUCAUGUGGCAAUGGCAAGAACAAUGUCCGAAAAUCCAGGAGAAUCCACAUGAAGCAAGCUACUGCCGUGCCUGUUUCCGAUGAGCUCAAGAAUCUCCAUAGCCAAGAAGCAGAGGCUGCCCAUGGCAAGAUCACCGAUCAAUCUGAUUGCGAGAUUAAGAAGGAGCCUCGUGAGAGUUGCAUGUCCUCUAUUGUUGGUUCUGAUGACAGCCACAUCAGUGGCCUGUCCAUCAGGUUGCAAAGCUUGGGGAUCAACAUCACCAGUGUGACACCGAUCCUUUCAAAGAAUGUAUCUAGUACUGACUGCCAUCCCAACCAGGCCCGGCUGUUGCUUUCGCGCCACGCGGUGGAGGGCUCGCCGCUUCUGGGGAUGCUCACACCGUUGGAGGAUGCCCUUGUGCACAGUUCAGGGCUACCAAUCGAGGUCGUUGACAGAUAUGGCUGUUCCUAUGACAUGUUCCUGAGGUAUCUCGACUCCACCACUUCCUACAGACUUAUUGUACAGUGGAGGAAUUUCUUGGAAAUGAGCCACAUGAUCCCAGGUGAUUUGGUGAAGCUGGGUGCGUUUCGCUUCGAGGGGCAGCUUGCGCUGACAUUGUUGCAUUAUGGGAAUGCCGGUAAGGCGAAGAAGGUCCUUGACAGAAAACUUAAGGAGAAGAAGGUGGAGUCAAACUCCACUGUGACAGAGAAAAGCAAAGAGUUGACUUCCAGGGAGACAGAGGAAAGCAAGGAGGAGUUGACUUCCAGGAAGACAGAUGCAAAUGAUGCGGAGAGUGCUUCAAGUGUGGCAGAGGCAAUCAAGAAGAAGUGGCCAUCCGAGAUGCUUGAGGCAGCGGAAACCUUACUAAUGCUGUCGUGUUCUGGGGAUAAACCAAAACCAUCAGAGUGAUUCUCAAUUUGUCCGGAGCAAUGUGCAAGCAGUUCCUAAGCAGUUCUAUUGUCAGAAUUUAUUCUGAAGGUUUCGUAGUUCUCAGCUCAUUUUUGUGACUUGGUGCCCUGAUCACUGGUUUGUGUCCUGGGCUGUCCAUAGAAUAUAGAUACUUAAGUAGUGAUUCUUAGUAUUAGGUAUACUGUCAAUAUACCUCAAAUUAGACAGAGUUUUUGCAAUAAAGUGGGCAUUUAAGCAUAUGAUUUGUCUGUUGUAUUAGUUUUUCACCCUGACAAAUUUUCUGCCUGAUGCAAAGUUUACACU